GUUGUUAUAGCGACAGUAGCGUCACCUUUAGGGAGCUACGUAUUAAUUUUCAAAGUUAACAAAACAUGCAGUUAAAAAGUCAAACGUCUUAACUCUUGUAUAAAUUACAGUAGUUUCUUAUUUCCACUACCUUGUUUAUCAUGGAGAGUGAUGAACAUUUGAAUGACUUGCGGCUUCAGUUCCAAACGCUGCAAAAACAGCAGGAAAAAAGAAAACUGGAAGGGAAGAAGAAGAAAGAACCCAAUAAUUUAAGUGUGACAGGAACUCUGGAUGAUUUGAAUCUGUCGAAGCAAGUCGUUCAGGAAGACAGUCCUGAAGAAAGUCUGUUAAAGCAGCAGGAUGAGAUCUUGUUAGAUCAAAUCCGAGAGCUCAGAGAUGAAAAUGGGAGGCUCUUCAAACUUCUGAGUGAAAAGGACUUUGAGAUCAAACAUCUGAAGAAGAAAAGAGAAGAAGAAAGACUGGCCUUCACAGGUUCAUCGGGCUUAGCAGGAGCUGUAGCUGCCACCAAGAUUGUUGAGCUUUCCAAGAAGAAUAGAGAGCUAACUGCAGAAAUUGAGAAAGAGAAGAUUAGAUCCAAGCAAAGCAGCAAUAGGAUCAAAGAACUCGAGAAAGAGCUGCAGUGUGCUUUGGAGAAUGUUGUACCUGGACAGAAAACCACACAAAAAACCCUGGAUAAGAGCUUGUCUGAAGACCAUGAAGAAAACCCGCUGGUCAAGUCUCUGCAAGAAAAAUUAGCAGCUGCCCAGCUCAAAGUGACAGAAUAUCGAAACCAGGUUCAGUCUGCAAAACAGGAGCUGAAGGUUGCUCAAAAGGUUUUAUUGAGUGAAGUUGGAGAGGAGAUCAACCUUCAGCAGAUGCUCAACAACCCUGGGAGCUUUAGAGGGCGGUCGCAGCAGAUUCUUGCUCUUCAAACAAGAGUGCGGGAGCUAGAGCAGCAGCUGUGCCAGCAAAGACAGGCAGAUGUUCAGAGUGUGGAGCAGGAUGUUUCUGGUACUGCGGCCCAUCAUAAACCCCCUGCUCAAAAUAGAAACCUCAACUACAUCCGUACCAUAGAGAAGGAAAAGAGGGAGGCAUUUGAGAGGAUCUCAGCUGAUCAUGAGGGCCUCUUGAAAGAACACGAGGAUGUGAAGAAAAAGCUAGAAGCCUCUAAAGCCAGGAGCAGAACUCAGUCCGAGGAAAUCAAAACUCUGAAAAUGCAGAUUUCCUCCUUAUUAGAGAAGGGUAAACAUGACACCGGGCUUGUGGAUGCUCUGCUGAAACAGCAGAGCCAGAUGCAGACGGUGCUGAAGCAACUCGGCCAACAGCAGAGCGCACAGACCAAGAGCCACAAACACAGCCUGAGACAACAGCUGGACAGUGGGCCCCCAGAGAACAAAUGCCUUAUCCAGAAACUGAAGCUUGUGGUAGCAGAAAAAGACGCCAUAAUAAAGGAGCUGCGGGAAAAGCAACAACUUUCCAAUAAGCAACCGAAGGAAGAGGGUGUGGACAGACAAUUAAGCCCUAAAAUAAAAAGUUGCAGUUCAGGAAUCUACCCAGAAGAUGGAGACAGUGUCACAAGAAUUACACCUGAUUCAGUCUCUAAAUUAGGCCAUAAAUUGAUAAUUGCAACUGUGGGAGGUGAGAUGGAAUUAAAAAGUCACUCAAAGUGUCCGGGUUGUUCUGCUGAUGUGAGUGCACUGAUCACCCAGAGCAGUGCGUAUAAAGUCCUCAGCGUGGAGAAGGACCGCCUCCUGGAGCUGGUUAAGCUUCUACAGAUCAAAGAGAAAGACAUGAAACAAAUGUGUUUGGAGGCAGAGAAAAAGUACCAAGAGGAGCGCCGCAAAACUUUGAUGCUGGAGCAGCAGUUAGAAAGGGCAUGAACAGAGUAAAGGACUCUGCGUCGAGCACAGGAAAGAUAAGGACCAGUGUGACCAGGUGGGCGUUCUGCUAAAAAACUGGUUUCCCAGGAUUCAACUCCAAGGGUUCCAAGGGUUUUCUAGCAUACCAUGACUGUUCCUCAGGAGAAAUAGGGCAGGAGCUACAAGGCAGAAAAAAAACAGACAAACAAAUCAAACUCUGGAAUACGAAUAAAGUUUACCUCUCAAUCUUAUUGUGUUGUGAGAUGCUCCUGAUUUUAAACAUGACAGUUUUUUUUUCUCUCCAUCCCAUGAAAAUUUAACCACACAGCAGAUUUAAUGAUGUGUGGCAAUAGUCUCAACUCCCAUGCACAGGGUUAGCUUCAGCCCAUCGUCUUUUGGUUGUUUAUGUUGCUCUUGUUUGCUGUCUCCUGUCUGGUCAUUCAGCUGGAGGAAACGCAGCCUCUGAGGGCAUCCUAAAAGAGCACUCUCCAUCACGGCGUACAGCUUUAUGGUGACAUGAUGAGACAAGUCGAGCACUUUUUUUUUUUUUUCCUGGGGGCUCUGUGACAGCACUGACAAGACACUAACCAGGAGAACUGGCUGCUCCCUGCUCAAGCUCUCUUGCUGCUCAGCCCUACCUUCUCUUGUCACAUGUGACAAACCACAGCCUGCAGGAAACAAGUUAUCCUCCUUAGCCACACACACACACACACACACACACACACACACACACACACACACACACACGCACACGCAUUUGCACGCACACGCAAAUGAUGGGGAUAUCUUACUCUCACUUCAGUUUGGAAUGAUUUGUAAUGCGGACCAGGUGACUUAAGGUUAAGGACUAUGGAGGAACUUUUGUGGUGCAGCUUCCUGCUUAACCUUGAUACUAGCAGACAGUUGUUCCUGCUGAUUAGGGAAUGGCUUGACCUUAAUCUAUUUUCCCCCUGGUGUCACGUUGUCUCCGAUAGUCAUUUCAGAAAUGUAAAUUGACACUUUUAUUUUGUAAAAAAAAAAAAAAUGCUUGUAAAUUUUUUAUUUGUCUCAGACAAAUCAAUUUAAUUUUUUGAAACAAACUAAGGUUUUGUUAAAUUAUUUUUUUAUGACUUACCUGUUUUUUAUUUUGGCUGUGAAUGGUUGCGAAUAAAAGUGCAAAAUUGCCGUCAAGAUUGCAUUAACCUCUGUUAGAUUCCUCCUAAAGUUGAUAUUCCUGUUAAAUAUCCACACUAAUCAUUUCUGACUUGAAACCAGAUGUGUGGGAAUAGUGGUUAGAAGUGAAUGCAAACUAAAGCUACACAAACUGACUGUAAUUCAUUUCCCAGAGCAUAUCACUGAUUUACAGAAUUAAGUCUGUGAUCAGCGAUCCAAGACAUCCUGGAAAGUGUUUGGAAAAAGUAGGCAAUUUAUUUUAUGAAUUUACUGGGUCUGAAUGAAUUUGGAAAAAAGGCAGUGUAAUAUUAGGAAAAUUUGAUUGUUUUCAGGCUUUAUUCUCAGCAACAUUGUUUGAAUAAUAAUACAUUGCUGAGAAUAAUGUUGCUUUGAAAGGUUAAUGCAGUUAACAGUUUUUUCUUCCUUAUUUUUUCUAUUCAGUCUUUCUUUCCUUUCUUCAUUCUUUGUAUUUGUCCUUCCUUCAUCCUGCUACCCCUCUUUCCUUUUCCUUCUACAUUUGUCAUUCCUUCUUCCCUAUCCUCUUUUCCUCCACAUAUCCUUUCAUCCUUCCUUAUUUAUUUCUUUCAUUCUCCAUCAUUUCCUCCAUUUCCCUAUUUUUCAUAACUUCUUGCUUUGCUUUUGUUCAUCCUUUCUUCCUAUCUGCCUUAAGCAGAUGUUGUACUUUAGAAAUGAGCAAAAACGUUAACGGAAAACUCUGCUAAUUAUGUCUGGAAUAAAAUCUUUAGAAAGCC